AUGAUUCGGAACAUUCCUAAUAAAUACACGCAGCAAAUGCUUCUUGAGUGCAUAAACGAAACCCAUUUCGGAAAGUUCGAUUUUUUAUAUCUGCGAAUGGACUUUAAGAGCAAGUGCAAUGUCGGCUAUGCAUUCAUAAACUUUAUCAACACUGAUGUCAUUCCAUCAUUUGUGGAGCAGUAUGUGGGUAAGAAGUGGUCUCGCUUUAACUCGGACAAGAUUUGCAGCCUUUCAUAUGCAGUAAUUCAAGGCAGAAAGGCUUUGAUCGAAAAAUUUCGGAAUUCAUGUGUUAUGAAUGAAGAGCCACAUUAUCGCCCCAAGCUCUACUACACUAGUGGAGCAAACAGAGGCCUAGAGGAGCCGUUUCCUGAGCCAACUGCGCACAGGAAUGCAGCGCACAGGCCUCUGCGGCGUCGGUCUUCAGGCUGCCGCAAAGGGGCUGCCACCUUUUUUGCGUAGCAGCCUGUGCCUGAGGCAAUUGCAUCGAACACCUUAUUAGGGAAAAAGGUGGGAGACGCUAAAGGGGGAUGGGUUGUCUACGAAUUCCUUGCCCCCUUAGAAUAAUUAAUGCUUUGCCUCGUUGCGCGAUAAUAAAGAGCUCGUAAGCUACAACAGAGGAGUGGAAGGAUUAUCUUGAGUCUUCAACGAUCUUUUUAUAGUGUGUGUGCUUUUUUUGCAAUGAGAAGGAUAAACGUGCUUUUAGAUUAAUUUAU